AUCUCGAUGCAAGUUAUUCCGCGAGAACCGGCUACGGCAACCGAGCAGCGCCCAGACUGUCCGCGACAAGUGGCAAAUUCGAUAACGACACCCCGUUAGAUAUUCUCAGGACACGAAGCCCAGCUCACGGAGUCAUUGUCAGAACAGAUCAUUCAGAAAACAUACACACCAACGCUAAACGGCACACUAUGACAGGGCCGUUCCUUGUCUAUACUGCGAUAAGUUGUGUGAAAUGUCUGGACGACGGCUGCCUAAAUGCAACCAAAGGCUGGCGUUCACAAAACGGGAAGGACGACAAUGUGUGGGACCGAAACGGCUCGGGGAAUUCCAUUCCAGUGUGCGGAUUUUACUCACCCCCGUCUGAAACAUGGUACCAUGUUUGCCGGGAAAACCACACCGUCUUCAUGGUAACCAACGAUUCAGAGGCAGGUGUAUCUUUCGCACUUGAAGCAUCUGGAAAGGACUUGAAAUUUGAGAGAAAGACUGGAAAUGAAUGCCCCACGUUGGAGCCAGAGCCACCGACAACAGGCUACACCAAGGCCAUCUCGGUUAACUGUCCCACAAAGAGGUAUGUGGUCAUCCUUUUCCAGCCGGUCACCCUCACCUGCAACUACCAGACCUCCUCCACCCAGCCGCCCGUGGUCACCUGGAGGUACAAGUCGUACUGCCGGGACCCCAUCCAGGCGGCCCUGAACCCCAGCAGCGCUGAGAAUGCCCUGGCCCAGGCCAACCCCAACUACAACCCCAACAUCGAGUGUGCGGACAGCCAGAGGACGGUGCGCAUCGUGGCCUCCAAGCAGGGGAACGCAGUCACCCUGGGAGAGGUGUACCAGGGUCGAAAAAUCAGCAUCCUGAACAACGCAGACCUGAACAUCGCCCAGACGGCCUGGGGAGACAGCGGCGUGUACGUCUGCUCCGUGGUUUCCUCGCAGGACCUGACGGGGAACAGUGAGGACUACACCGAGCUCAUCGUGCUAGAGAGAAAGUCAAAUACUACAGACCUCCUGCCUGGCAUUGACUUACUGGUCAUGGAAGACUGGUUGCUGGUGCUGUUGUUGGUGCUGGGCUUCCUCCUGUUGCUCCUCCUGAUUGGUAUCUGCUGGUGUCAGUGCUGCCCCCACACCUGCUGCUGCUACAUCAGAUGCCCCUGCUGUCCGGAGCGCUGCUGCUGCCCUCGAGCACUGUACGAGGCAGGGAAGGCGGUGAAAUCGGGCGGAGCGUACAGUCAGUACGCCCCCACCAUGUACGCCCCCCCCAGCCUGUACGCCCAGCCGGUGUACGCGGGGGGGAUGAACCCCCCCCCCAUCCCCAUGCUGCCCAUGCCCAACUCCGCCGCCGGCCCGCCCCCGUCCAACGGCUACAACCGCGACUACGACGUAGCCAGCUCAGUUGGUCAGGGUUCGCAGGUUCCCUUGCUGCAGGAAAGUGGGGGAAAUCCAACUCGCAGUGGCUACCGCAUCCAGGCCACCCCGGACGGCAACCCCACCCGCGUGCUGUACUACAUGGAGCAGGAGCUGGCCAACCUGGAUCCCUCACGGCCCGGGGUCUCCUCCGGGACCCACAACCGCAUGGAUGUAAUGAGUGAGGUGAGCUCUCUCCAUGAUGGUCUGGACCCCAGGAGCAGGGGUCGAGCCCAGCCCCCCGCUCUGCCCACCGUCUACGACCACGACGACAACAUGAGCACCAUCAGCAGCGUGUCCCAGCAGGGUCGCCGCGACAACUACGACAGGCGGGGCGGGGCCGCCGCGUACGCGCCCGCCCGCGGCCGCGCCCGCUCCAUGGACAACCUCGACGACAUCGGCCGCGGUCACCGCGACCGCGACGACUACCCUCCGCAGCGGCGGGAGGGCGGGGCCAGAGUCGGCCGCAGAGGAUCGGACGACGGGUGGAGCGGCAGCGGCGGCGGGGGACGGGGCGGCCAGGACCGCGACCGGGACACCCCCAGGAGGCGCGACUACUCCCCCGACGACCGGCGCGGCUACCAGGGCAAGCGCAGCCGUAGCCGUGACGACCUGAUGGACCUGGAGCGGGGGCGGGGCGGGCGCGACGCGUACGAUGACAGCUUCCUGCGGGAGGCCAUGGAGAAGAAGAAGCUGGGCGAGCAGCAGCGGGCCCGGAGCCGAGACCGCCUGGACAGCGACGCUGACCGCUUGGACCGCGGGCGCGGCCCCCGGGGGCCCCCGCCCCUCCCCCAGGCCGCGCCCUCCUCCAUCCCCGACCGCCGCCAGUACGGCGGCGACGGCUUCCCGCCGCCCCCUCCCCCGCCCUACAGCGACGACGAGAGCGUCUCGUCUUCCAAAAGGAGCAACCUGCGCAAGAACGGGGCGGUGAGCCGCGAGAGUUUGGUCGUGUGAGGUCUGCACUGGAGAACGAUUCCACCACGCGUCUGCCAAAAUCUGUGACACACGUCAGCGAAAAUCUGAGGUGCAGUCUGCAAAACAUCUACGACGUUCGUCUGCAGAUCUUUUCUGACACAAACUCUCGGAUGCUAACGUCUGUGUCAUGGGGCCUUCUUCAAGCCUGUGUAAAUAGCCAUUUGCAACUUCGCGAUUUUUUUUGAUUUCAAGAGAAUUUUCUAUGUCCAUCCCAAUUUAAUGUGCUUAAGCUCAGUCUAUUUCAAUUUCAGCGUUGGAUUACGGAUCUGUGUACAUAAGUGUUUUGUUACGGAACGGGGGAAAUUAGGUUUUAAGUUGAAAUUAAUUUUAUUGUAUUUCUAAAAUUUAUUUCUUUUAAAACAUUUUUAUGUAGUACUUGUUUUUAGAGUUUUUUUAUCUCCUGAAAUGAAAUACAGUUUGUUCACUUUUAAAUAAAAUGGAUUGUAUUCUUAUUUCAGUCCUGAAAUAAUCAUUCUGACUUUCUGGGUUCAUCAGUGACUCUAGCUUUGGUCAAGUUUUAAAGGCUGGUUCAAGAAUUCUAGAGAAUAGAAAUCACUAUAUAAUACCAUUCCACUAAUAAAUGCAGUUUACUGAAAUAUUUGAAUCUUGAAGCCUCAUUUUAAAUGAAAAUAUUAAGUAUGGAUCAAACCUUUGUCAAACUACUGAUGCAAUAUAUUUUUAAACCUUUCUGAAACACAUGCACAUUAAAUAUAAAUUCUUGCAGUGUCAUUUUAAACUAGUUUUAUUUCUUGUGUACUAAUAGGUGCUGUUCUUUUAUAGUAAUAUCCCUUAUCGUUACUAACAAACUUUAGUAAUAAUAAAAACACGCUUAUUUUUCAGUCAGAAGGGAAAGUGCAUAUUUUUUCAUUAGUUUGAGUGUUAAUGUGUAUUUGUACAGUUUUAUAAUUGAACAAACAUACAAUAAAUAAAAAUGUGUCCACUACUGUACAUGUCACUUUUCAAUAAAGCGUUUUGUUAUAAGGCCUA